UUGCAGUUUGCGAGGCUGCUGAGAGAUGAGUAUGCUGUUACCCUGCGCGAUACUUCAGCAUUCUGUCUUCUAGAACACGAGAAGCACUGUAUCACACGAUAUGUUCAGCCAUCAUUUGAGUGCACAACGAGAGUGACCAAUGACGAUGUUUAUUUUGCUAUCAAAACGCACAGUGCAUUUCACAAGACGCGAAUUGUCGUCGUUAAACGGACCUGGGCAAAAACUGCUAAAUUUGUGGAGUACUUCAGUGAUACCGAAGAUCAUUAUGUGCCAACUAUCAAUCUUGGCAUUAAAAACACGGAACGAGGGCACUGUGGUAAAACAUUCGCAAUUUUGAGGUAUUAUUUGAAAAAUGAGGAAAUCUCGAAAAUGCAUUGGCUUGUAGUGACCGACGACGACACUCUGAUGAGUGUUCCAAGGUUAUAUCGAAUGCUCUCAUGCUAUGAUCCAAAGCAGGAAUUGAUUAUCGGCGAAAGAUAUGGUUACGGUUUUAGUGUUGAUGGGCGGCAGGGAUAUGAUUACCCUACUGGUGGUGCCGGUACUGUAAAACGAUACAUCGUACAGGCUGCGGCCCAGAUUGUGGCAAUUCGAAUUGGUGACGUUCUUUGGUAG